AUUGAUACAUGAUUAAAUAAACAAUCCUCUAAUAUUUAUUCGCUAAGAUUAUUCUCGAUAAUAACAUUUUUUCCGAGAACGGACGAUGAAAAGUAAAAACUUGCUCCAUGACGAUGUAUUUGAAUCUUCACAUUUCUAUAUUCUGGAUUUUGGUAACGCGAGCGUCCACCGAUGUAGUUACCCUAAUCAAAAAUCAAAAUAUUAUGUGUGUUUUAACAGAAGAAAGUGUUUAUUCAGCUUUGUACAUAUCACCAAACUCAUCAGAUAAUCCACUCUUGGAUAGCAAAAGAACUCUCACUGAAUUAACCCAAUGGGUUAGAAACGACUGGAACGUAAGUACCACCCAAGAACUACCAUUUUAUCCUGUCGUAGACGUACGCUGGGAAGAAUUUCCGAACAUAGAAAAUGCCCAAAUUAACGUCACCCAAAUCAGUGUUACAUCUUUUUCGUUGUGUUUCGACAAAAGAAUUUUUCUAAAAGCAGGAGACGAUUCUUAUGGCAGAGAAUUUCCAACUAUAUCGAAUAAACACGAAAAUGUUGAACAAAAUGUCUGUCAAUGGUCACAUUACACAGUGCGCCAAAAGCAAAUUUUGGAAAUCAAAUUUUCCGAAACCGCUUUCCAUGAAAUGGAAGUAUGGAAGCUAGGAUUUAAUCCAAAAUACUUAGUUUUUCCAAAAAGUGGAGUGAGGAUAAAAAAACACCAAUACGAUUUCCAGUACUCCCGUCUAACUACUCUUAACAAUGUGAGCAGUUUUCUGGAUAUUAGCAAUCUAUCAAAUUCCACCGAUCUUUGUAUUUCUUUGUUUGUGUCUGUGGAUGAAAACUGCUAUCUAUAUGUAGUACUAGAAUCAGGUACCACCCCCCAAUCGGUAAGAGUGGACGGCUUUAAUUUAGAAAAUGAACCAAAAUCUUGGAAGCGAAUUGAAAUUCGCACUAGUAGUUACAACGGUACUGGAAAGCUCAAUUUCAAUCGUUCUAGAAGUGACAAUAAAAGGGAAGGUUUCUGGGCAAUCGAUAAAGUGCACAUCUGUAGACCUUCCACGGAUGUAUACAAUUUGACGGUAAAUAGUGAAAAUUCUUCGUACUUGUGCAAAACACUAGCUCCUUCCAGUAGUAGUACUUUCUGCGAACAACCUGGACUUUUAGGUCACAAAUGUAUAGCCAAAUGUGACCAAGUUUUAGGACAGUCGUACCCGUUUUGUGAAGGAUAUAAGAUUUGUUUGGACAAUGGAACUUGUGAGUGUUCAUGGGGGUUUAAAGGAACGACAUGUAACCAAAGUUGUACUGACAAGUACUGGGGCCGUGACUGUGCGUCAACUAUAAAUUCUGAGAGUUGUGAGAGUUACAACAACACAGUGGGUUGUUUUAAAUGUACAAAGAAAUUUACUGGAAGACAAUGCGCCGAAAAACUACCAGUUGUACUAAAACCUCCUACGUUAGUUUCCGCCAAGACAAAUUUUGCUGAAAUUUCGUUUGACUUGACGUAUGGUGAAGACGAAAAAGAACCAGACUUUUACCAAAUUCAAUACAAAGAAAGUAACGGUACCCCCGGUACUUUCGAAAAUUUUUCUGAUCUAGAACCCUUCCAAAAACCCCUCUUAAACAGAAGAGUGAUAAUCCCAACGAGUUCUUUCGGUUACAAAAUUCGGGUGUUGUUGUUCGUAGGAAACGAACACUAUGAAGAAGGAGUACCUGAGUUAGUAAUGACCCCCACAUCAAGAAAAAUUUGGUACAUAGGUAUCAUUGUUAUAUCAAGCAUACUUAAGAAUUACUGGCUAUUUGGACUCCUCACUGCUCUUGGUGUAUUUUUCUUAUACGUUGUGUUGGUACCCGUAUUUCUCUACUUUUGUGGAAAAAAGAAUAAAGCGAGUAGUCCAAAAGUCGAAGUAAUACCUUUAUUAUCUUUAUACGGAAACGACGCCUGGACAUACCAGAAUAGUACUGUGUUAUAGUUGUUACCAGAUGAGGAGGAAAAUUUAAACAAAAAUAAGGGCUAGCAUUACAUUCCAUGUACAUAUUAAUUGUGACUAGAUUUAAUUGUAUUCCUACGAUUGACGUAUUAAUAAAUUCUUAGCCUACCAUCGAAGGAGAAACCGUACCAUGAAACCAAAUUUAUUUAUUCAAUGUAAACGUGUUUUAAAUUUAUACAUUUAAUACAAAGGUCAUAAUGUAAUUCCAAUCCUAAUAAAAUUCUUUAUCCUGGUCU